AUGGCUUCCUCUCACUACAUUACACUUAAUGACGGCAAACAGACGCCUCGGAUCGCGUAUGGCAGCGGGACCGCCUGGUUCCAAGCCACGGGCCCCGACGGUAUUUCUCCUGCGCUAGUCGAGGCCACCAGCACGGCGAUCAGCAUUGGCUUUACCCACCUCGAUGCAGCCAAAGUCUAUGGCAAUGAGCGAAGUACCGGAGUAGCGAUAUCCCAGUGCGGUAUGCCACGGGAUAAGCUGUUCAUUACCACCAAGAUAAUGUCGGGCCUAUCUUCGGUGAAGGAGACCCUGAGAGCCCAACUGCGAGACCUCCAAGUAGACUAUGUCGACCUGUAUUUGAUACAUUCUCCCAUGUUUACUAAGGAGGCCGGCGAGCCGACGCUGGCCGAGGCAUGGAAGAGUAUGGAGGAAGUACAGCAAGAAGGGCUAGCGAAAAGUAUCGGCGUAAGCAAUUACCGAAUCUCAGACCUUAACGAAACGCUCAAGUCGGCCAAAGUAAAGCCAGCAGUGAACCAGAUCGAAUUCCAUCCGUACGUGUGGAAAGAAGCGGAGCCACUGUUGAAGUACAUGAAGGAGGAAGGUAUUACAUUGGCGGCGUAUGGUCCCCAAGUACCGGUGGUAAAACUACCUGGAGGCAAGGUGGACCCACUUCUUGAGCGAAUAUCGUCCGAACGCAAAAUUUCGACUGGCGAAGUACUGCUGAAGUGGGCGAAGGCACAUGGUGCAAUUGUGGUGACCACAAGCUCCAAAGCCACCCGGAUGAAGUCCAUGCUCGACACGGUCUUGGAUGAGAAAUCCGAUCUCUCCCCAUCGGAAGUCCAAGAACUAAAUGGCGCCGGCAUCGCUAACGGCGUCCAGCGUGUCUUCAUGAAGCAUAUGAGUGAUUAG